GGCCCAUCUGAACAUUUCCAAUAUACAACCCACUACCCUUUAAACCGACCCGACCCGACCCGUUCAUCUAAAACCAACUAGGGUUGCCUUCAAUGCCCAUCAGCUGCGCCUCUCUCUCUCCCUCUCCAUUUUCAGUUAAACCUCCCCCUUUCUUUAGUCACGGACAGAGAUUGUCAUCCUAUUUCCAUGCAAACCUUCACUGGUUCAGAACUUUUCCAUUACUUGGUGAAUAUAGAUGCAUCAAAAUCUUCAAGGACCAGAGAAGAUCUGUCCAUUUUGAGCAAAGUAUGAAUCAAUCACGUGAAGAAACCUCAAACGUUCGGAUUUGCACGAGUUUUGACUCAACUUUGAAUUGUUUUUCUUUGAUUUCAAAUUCCCGCUCAUUGGAGCCCUAACCCUAGCAUUCUUUUCCUAUAAAUGUGUCUUAAACCUUGAGCCGCAGGGGAGGGAAGACACGAAAUUUACCUUGGCUUUAUGAUCUAAACUGUGGUUUCAAAGUUUGGAGCAGUCACUGUGUCUCAUAUUAAAAAAAAAAAAUUGGAACUUCGCUCGUCGUGUUUUGAGUUUGAAGUUUGAAACUUUUUGUUAAUCGAAGCGGGUUCGGGUUCGUCGUGUUUUGAGUGUGGAUCCGAUGCCUCAAAGCUCCGAUUCACUGCCCCCGCAGCAGGAUGGAUUUCGUCCUUCAGAUCCCCAAGAUUAAGAUGGUCAGUGGCAUCCCAAGCAAGCUUAGGAUAUGGUUGGAGGAUUUGGACCUGCGUAGUAGACUGGCUGUCACGAGGAGGUUGAGGUUCCUCACUUCAUUGUUCCAGAUCACUCCCGACAAACAUGUGAUCAGAGCGUUACUUCAAUUUUGGGAUCCAAAUCGAGUUGUCUUCAAAUUUAAGGACUUUGAACUCAUACCCACAUUUAAAGAAAUAAGUUAUUUCACUAGUUUAAAAUAUCAAGAGAGGGGUCAGAUUAUCCCAUACAGUCAAUCAGGAAAGAAAUUUCUCCGCUACUUGGGGUUGAAAAACACUAAAGAACUCCGAUGCUUCGAGAAUAACUGGGUCUCUUUAGGUUAUUUGUAUGAAAAGUACGGUCGUCAGGAUGGUUACAAACUGUUCAAGAAGGAAUUCUCAUGCACUCCCGUCCAUUGGCAAGUUAGACGUCCCAUUGUAUUUGCUGUCGCCUUACUUGGGACUUUGGUAUUCCCACGUGAAUACGGCAAUAUCAGUACUUGCAUAUGUUCCGUGGCUCGAGCAUUUUUUGAAGGAGUUGAUGGCGCGCAACUCACUUUGGUUCCCAUGAUUUUAGCGGAAAUACUUCGAGCUUUGGGAAAGUGUAAACGGGGUGAAACAAAUUUCUUUGAGGGUUGCAAUCUUCUCAUCCAGAUGUGGGCAAUGGAGCAUUUUUACCAAUGUCCGAAUAUGGCAGACAUAUGCUUCAGUGAAUCAAAUAAAAUUGGUAGUUUUUAUGAAAGAACGAAACUGUUUGUAUCUCCAGUUGGCAUUAAUGAUUGGUAUGAGUUCUUGGCUUCCCGAACUGGUGAUCAAAUCCGAUGGAAGUACCCCUUGCUAUCUCGUACCACGGCCUAUAUAAGAGGUAGGAGGCUUUACUAUAUUGAGCUUAUUGGGUUGAAAGGACUCCAGCCAUACGCUCCGGUACGCGUACUUCGACAGUUCGGUAUAGAUCAAGUAAUCCCUCUCCAAGCUAAUAUGAGUGGUUCUGAAAUCCUUUUUGGGCCAGACUUCAAAGUUCCUAGAGCUGGCCAAAUUCUCGAUGAAUGGGAUAAUAUUGAUCCAAUAAGUAUUGGGGCUGGACCGGCAGGAGGUAUCCCAGAAUAUCAUGCAUGCCUGCAAGAAGACUAUGGUAACAUAGAUCCUAGCCUAGCAGGCGAACCAGGAUUCGAGGAUAAAGGGAAGACAAUUUGGAUAAGACAUUCUCGCUUGGGGGCCAUGGUUGUCACUCCCGAGAUGUGGGCUCAAAUGGCGAAUAUAAUGCAGUAUUUGGGAAAUGCGGGAGCAGGGCCUAGCAAUGACGGAGCAUCAUCUUCAUUUCCGCCGCCAGCGUGAUCAAGUGCAAAGGAUCUAGGCCAAGUCUUAGGAUUGUUUUACAUUAUGUCAUCUUUUAUGUAUUUUGGUUUAUUGUCUCAUCAAUGUACUCGCUUUUGUUAUUUCAAUGAAACUUGGCCUUUUAUUUCCA